GUUAAAGCAAUUUGGAUGCACCUGCUGCUGCACAAAGUUAACUUUGGGACAUAUCGAUUGACAGCAGCACUCGGCACAUCACUUAUUUAAGAGAAGGCAGAGUCAUUUUUUGUUGGGAAAUAUGGGGAAAAACCAGGAUGCGAGAAAGCGGAAAGUUUCCUCGAGAAAUGGAAGCAGUGGUCGUGGAAAUGGAGCUGAUACUGCAAAGUUAAAUGGGAAAACCAAACAAAAAACCAUUGAUGAGACUCCAGGAUGGCAGAAGACGUUGGGUGCUCUUGUCGUCAUCGCUGCUGUGCUCGCUGCAGCUUUCUUUACUGGGGUCAUACGGAUUGAUAGGAAUAUUGCAGACACAGAUGAAGUGCAGGACCCUACCCAAGAAGCACAUUCUACAGUUGCAGAUAUCAAAGAAUCCAAGAACAACAAGACUACCUCAAAAUUUACUGAGACGGAACCAAACAUUAAUCAAGCAAGUCAAGAAACUCUUACAGAAUCAGAGCUAAAAGACAAGCAAGAUAAAGAUGAGGCAAACAAGUCUGCAAAAGAUGCAAAAGUAGAAGAUAAUGUGGCAAAGGUGGAGAGCAAAACAAAUCCUAAAGAACAGGCUGCACCCCCUCAGAGAUCGCAAGAGACCAGUGCAGAUGUUCCUCCAGAAGCAAAUGUUACCAAGAAAACCAAAGAUAAGCUUGACAUUCCAGAGGAAGCUGUUCAUGAAGAAAAGAAAGUGAAGGAAAGCGACGGGCCAAAAGAGGAUAAAGCGAAAGCACAACCUCAAGAGCAUAGCUCAAAAGAUAAAAAGAAAACUGGAAAGGAGGGCAUUGCAAGGCCGCCUCCACCAUCGCAAGAGACGAUACAACCUGAGGAGAAAAGGACUGUCCAAGAGCAGGCUCCACCACCUCAGAGAUCCCAAGAGAGCAAUGCAGAUGUUCCUGCAGAAGCAAAGGCUACCAAGAAGACCAAAGAUAAGCUUGACAUUCCAGAGGAGACUAUUCAUGAAGGAAAGAAAGUGAAGGAUAGUGGGCCAAAAGAGGAUAAAGCGAAAGCACAAACUCAAGAGCAUAGCUCAAAAGAUAAAAAGAAAACUGGAAAGGAGGGCAUUGCAAGGCCGCCUCCACCAUCGCAAGAGACGAUACAACCUGAAGAGAAAAGAUCUGUCCAAGAGCAGGAUGCACCACCUCAGAGAUCCCAAGAGAGCAAAAAGAAAACUGAUAAGGUGGAUAAAAGUCCGGAAGAUGAACAAAAAGAAGAAGUUUUGAAAAAGGGAAGAGAGGAGACAGUAGAGCCUGUGCCUACACAAGGAGCUGGAGAUAUAGGGGAUAGUGCCAAGAGAUCUUCAGGAAAGGAGGCGACUGUGACUGAGACGGAUUCACCGAAGGGUAAGAUGGUCACUCCAAAAAGAACCCCAAAGAACGAUGAGAAACUCAAAGAACCCAAGAGCAAGCAAACUCAGGCAAAUCCCCCUCCCCAAGAGCAGGUCGCUGGUAAACCAGAGGAUCAUGUUGACACCAAACCAAAAGAACCUUCAGAAGAAAAGGACAAGAAAGUAGUCAAAACUCAGGCGAAUGCCCCUCCCCAAGAGCAGGAGGCUGGAAAACCAGAGGAUCAUACUGAGACCAAACCAAAGGAACCUUCAGAACAAAAAGACAAGAAAGUAGUCAAAACUCAGGCGAAUCGCCCUCCCCAAGAGCAGGUCGCUGUUAAACCAGAGGAUCUUGCUGAAACCAAACCAAAAGAACCUUCAGAAGAAAAAGACAAGAAAGUAGUCCUCACUCGGGCGAAUGCCCCUCCCCAAGAGCAGGUCGCUGUUAAACCAGAGAAUCAUGCUGAAACUAAACCAAUCAAGGAAAGUCUCCCCAAACCACCCAUGUCCAAAGAUGGACCGAGUAAGAAAGUGGUCCAAGACCCAAAAGACACCAGUCCUCAGCCCCCAUCCAUUGACACAACCAAAGAUAGUCCCCCCAAGACAAUUAAAUCCAAAGUGGAUCCUGAACUCCCACCCGCCGAUCCUCCAUCUUCUCCCCAAUCCUCCCGGUCAAAAGAUAACACUGUUGCCAAGGCAACUGAUGAUGCUGAUGGUAGUAGGGGUGGAAGAGACGAGGCUGCUGCAGAUCACGUGGGAGAUGCAUCUAAAACAAAAGAACGCAUGAGCAGUAAAACUGAAAGCAAGAAACAGGUCACAAAGAAGUCAGCCCUAGAUACACUUCUGGAGGAAGCCGAAGGCCUUAUUCAAAAGAAUAAAAAAGACCAAGCUUUAUACAAGUACGAGGACAUCAUCAAACGUUUUCCAGAUAGUGCAAAAGUUUUGAUGGCCAAGGCCAAACUACUCGAUGGGCUAGCAGAGGAGAGGAGGAGCAAUGAUCUACUCGAUGGUGCCAUCCUGUCCUACAGACAAGCCGCUGAUGCCCCAAACUGUCCCAGGGAUAUCCACAGGGCUGCCCUAGCAAGAAUGGCAGACAGAUUGUCAUUCUUUGGAAAGUCUGCGAAAUCCAUCCAAGUAUACCAAGAGCUUGUGAAAGAACACCCGGAUGAUAAUGAAUCCAAGAAGAACCUCGCUGUCCAAUAUCUUAUCGUGGGAAAGAAUAACAGAGCUAAGCACUACUUUGAGCAGAUGUUAGAAAGCAACCCCACGGAUGGCUUUGCACAGGUCCACUUGGGUUUCAUCCUCAAAGCAGAGGCUAACUACCUUGAGGCUAUACCACUCCUGAGGGCGGGGAUCAACUCUGGAGACAGGGAGACCAACGAGGGCAAAUACUUCUUCCAUUUAGGCGAGUCCUACCUCAGGAUUGGUCAGGUAGACGAGUCCUAUAAAGUCUACGACGAGGGGGUUAGCAGAGGUCAUUUCAGGUCAAGGUACCAAAGGUCACUCUACAACGUGGACUUGCUGAGGGGGAAAGAGUUCUGGACUCCCAAAGGGGCACGGUAUGCUGAUGCAGCAAAGAAACUAGAGAGCAAUUGGGAGACGAUACGAGAUGAGGCCUUGGCGCUGCUAAGCUCCGAUGGACUCUUCCAGAAGGAAGAGGAGAAACUCCAGGAUACGGGAGACUGGAAGCAAUUUACAUUGUAUGCAAAAGGAAAUAAAAAUCAAGCCAACUGCCAACAAGCACCUCGCACCUGUGAGAUAAUAGACACUAUCCCUGAAUCAAGAGGAUGCAGAAGAGGCCAGGUGAAAUUUUCAGUAAUGCACCCUGGCACCCAUGUGUGGCCACACUGUGGUCCCACAAACUGCAGACUGAGGGGUCAUCUUGGGCUGGUAAUACCCCAACCUGUUAGGUUACGCGUAGGCAAUAUAACAAGAACGUGGGAGGAGGGAAAAUUCUUCAUCUUUGACGAUUCUUUCGAGCACGAGGUCUGGCAGGAAGCAGAUCGCAUGAGGGUGAUUCUUAUAGUAGAUCUCUGGCACCCAGACCUCACUGAGAGCGAUCGGAAUAGGCUAACAGCAAUAUGAAUGAAUGGGACUGAAGAGAUUCGUUUGACAUCAAGGACAUCAAAGUCGGUUUGUGGGAUCAAAGAACAAAUCUGAUGCUAAUAGUAAAAGAAAUGAAUACCUUGUAUACCAU